GCAGUAUUUUCCGGGCCACCGACUCGAUCAUUACAAUUUUAAAACAUUAAUUAUCAUUAAUAUAUUCCCACAUACAAAGUUAUCAAUUAUUGAGAGACAAAUGCAAAGAGCUACAACAGCAUGAAGACUUUGGGAAUAAUUAUUAUCUGGAUCUGUAUCAGUGCAAUCAAGGAUAAAACUCUAUUGGCAUAUGCAAAUGAUUCCGAGUCAGCGUACACAACUUCCACAUUGCAAACCGAGGAAACUGAUGAAAUAAAUAAACCAGCUGUAGUGCUAGUACCUGUGGACCAAAACAUAAAUCAAGAUAAAAGUAAUGAAGUGGAAUCGAGUGAAUCGAUAACUCAUCCCAUUCACAAAACGAAACGCUGCAAAAGCCUGACCCCGUUACGAAAAGUCAGAUUGAGUGCACCACUGAAGGAGGUAAACAAUGACGAAAGUCAAUUGCAAUCUAGCAAUACUCAUGACAUUAAUAAAAUUGAGGUCGGACAUCCAAGUUCAAAAUUGAGUGAAACACAAACGACGCAGUACCAUUCCGAGCCGAGCUUCACCGACGAGACUUCCUCUGAAAAAAUUUUAAUUCCUAGAUACGUUAAAAAUACUGACGAGAGUGACAAGACCGAGGGAGACUACGAUAAUUCUCCAUCCCUUGGGGAUAGAGAGCCCUACAAAAAAAAGAAGUAUCUUUGCUACUGCGUCGAUGCAGAUUGUAUAAAAGAGGAGCCCCUGCGAACCCUCUUCCACAGCAGAAAUCGCCUUGCCCCUAAACUCCUCCAAAACACCGAUUUGUACUCUCAAUUGAGCGCACUAGAAGGUGCAUACAACGAUGACAGUAAGGAAAUGCAACAUCAAGCAAUCCGGCCAAUAGUCCCCUACCGAAAAUCAACUCAAAAACGGCCUCCCAACAAACGCCUGAAGGGCAAAAAGUGUAAACCUCUCAUCGUCGCCUGUGAACCCACUGACGAUCCCACCAGGUUCUCUCUCCCAUUGUGGCCAAACCCAAAUCGAGGGAUAAAACGUCCACCAGCUGUUGUCCAGACGAGACCCCAUCACGGGCUUCAAAAUAAUUAUCACCCAUUCUACCCAGCACCAAAUAUACCCAGUAACCCCUACGGGUCUCACUAUGACAUCUCCCCCCUGGCGAGGCAGCAGGAAUUCUCCGGUCAUGCUGCUCUCGGAGCCGCUUAUGGCCAUGACGAUAACUCGUAUUUGAAACCAGAGGCGUUCGAUAGCUUCGAGGAUUGCAUUCGACUUUAUGGAAGAGAGGCCUGUUACGCUGCAAUGGGACAAUUUGGAGUAGACAAUCAUCAUCGAAGUCCCUACGCAUAUAACAUAGAAGCCACUGCUGAUUUAGCCACCAAUAAUUAUCCCUUCGGGAGUCAACAUCUGAGUGGAUACACGCCUGGAGCUCCAGCUAAAUUAGAGAAUUCUGGUUAUUAUGGCAAACAGGGUUACUAUCAGCCGCAUGAUUCAACCACUGGACCUCAAUAUAAUCCAUAUCAUAACAUCGGUUACGAUAAUUACCUGGAUAAUCAGAAACACAUUGUAGGGCUUACUAAUGAUGCGUUUUCAACUCCUGGUUAUGGCGGUUAUAGCGGAGGCUCUCAGGUUGGAAGGCCUUAUUGGGAAGCAUCGGUCUCAGCACCGGUCGUGAAUAAUGACAAGGAAAUUAUCGGAAGUACCAGCCAUGAAUGUGUUGAAUGUCCAGGAGAUGAAACAGAAUACAGCAAUAUUCCUGAGCAAGAGCUCCCAGAAGCGGAAACGCCAAAGACUACUAUGCUCCGGCCAGGAGAAUACACUGAUGAAAGCAGAAGAAAGGAAGCAGAAUAUACCAAUAAUUUUAUUGCCGAGAAUAAAAAUCAGAAUGAAAAUUCUUAUAACAUUGUCGAUGAGAAGGAGCCGAGUAAGACCAACGUGUCCAUGAAUUACCAUGAAAAUAAUUAUUAUCUACCACAAGCGCCUGAGCCAGAGGGGAAUCAUGAAUUCAUGGAUAAUCCAAUUGGUACAGUAUAUAAUCAAAAUUAUUUGGGAAAUAUACAUCAAUUCGAAGAUGCUGGGAGAACACCCGCCGCACCUCAAGAGUAUUCAACCCCUGAGGAUUUGUGUGAUUACCGGUCUACAGUUUAUCCUCAAGAAGACUACAAUGAAUCUCCCGUAAUCACAAAUCCUUAUGAGAAGUCAAAAAUUUCAGUGGUAUAUCCUGAUUACCAGGACGCGCAAAAACCAGAGGAAUAUUUUGCGAUUACUGAACAAGAUUCCCAGAAUUUCCCAAAGCCUCCAAUAGUGGAAGGAUUAAAAAAUGAUCAACAAUCAGAGGUUCUGCACUGUCCCCCUUCUGAAACAGGUAGUCCAACGGCUGAAGGACACUUGCGCGACCUAGAAGCACUGACGGGAUUGAGCAUUGAGGACAGUAAGAUCCUAAGAGGGACAAUCUACGAAGCCAUUCACCGUGUGGUCUCUGACAUGAAAGAAAGCGUCGCAGCGAAAAUGGUUCCCUCCCCUUGCGACAUAAUCGCAGCUCCCGAGCCCACGGCGAUCCCCGGAAUGGAAAAUCCGUCUCUCGUCGGACACCUCCUUAGCAGUCCAUUCGUCAGGAACUUCGUCGUUGGAACCAUAAAAGGGCUUAUUCCACAGGUAACGGGCAUUUCAAGAGACAGUGGUCUGGGAAAACUGACGGACGCCCUCAUCAAUAGAUCUCUGAGUGUCGUCAUUGGAGAAGAAAAUGUCCCUGAAGACAUUGGAGAACCUUCCCUGGGAUUGGUAAACGAGAACGUGGCAUCAGUUCCCGAUCAGUUAAUGUCACUCCUCAUGUCCGUGAUUAAUCAACCAGGUAUCGGUCUUGAGAACGCCAAGCUGCCAGCGGUUCAGAAUAUAAUAGUCAACGCUCUUGGAAAUAUUCUGCGGAGAAGCAAAAACGUUGUGAAUAACGCAGUAAUCUGGGACGCUUUAAGAAGUCUCAUCAAUUCAAACAAUCGUGGUCCUGUGAUUAAUCCAGUGGUUUCUCCAGAAAUACCUCCACAAAAGUUGAAACCGAUGAUCCCUAGACCGUUGUCUCCGGGUUUUGACACAAAGCCUCUCCCCUAUAUUCCAGUGACUGAGCAUUACCUGAGAAAUGGUGGGUGGUAUGAAAAAUCGGCGACUGUUGGUUACAACGGUGAAUUGCCUGUAGGAGUACUACCACAACAUUCAGAGAAUGUAGGCGCACCUCAGAAUGGUGUUCAUGUGGAUGAGCAUGAGAAUCAGCAAUAUAUAACUGAAGAGAAUACUCCGACCAGAUAUCACUCCCCUGAAGAUAUCGUUUUGGAAUACAUCAAGAACCAUCCAGCAGAGCAAGCGAAUCUAGGCCCCCCGAAGAUGGCUUCACCAGGUCAGCAUUUUGAAAUUGACGACAACGUCUCUGUGGUGCCUAUCACUGAUGACCAAUUGAAAAAGUCUCAUUAUACGGACCUCUGCGCGGAGGAAGGAGAUUUCAUUCCCUCGAAAAAUGACCAAGUACAUGGGGGUAGUAUCGAUUUCCCAGUAUCAAGUUCAACAUAUUUCGGAAAAAUAGCAUUUCCGAAUUCCGAUAAUAUUGAUUGUGUUAAAGAUCUCGAGGGUGCUCAGCUCUUCUACAUCGGAGACGGGGUAAGACUUCCCCUCACUAUCAAAAAAAUGCCAGACGGCUCCUUGGCUCUAAUGCUUUCUGAUAAAAUCUGUGAGAGUUUUAUCUCCAAAAAUUGUCCCUGCUAUAUACCAACACUGGGACAUGUCGUUCAACAAUCGAAUGCGGAGGUGAAAGAGAGCAGAAGUUGGAAAGGAAUCCAUUCGAGAGGGAUAAGAUCAACUACGAUUAACGAUAAUGACACUACUGAAAAAUCAAUGGCUGGAGAGAAUGCACCAGAAAUGACAGUGAUGCCUGUUGAGAAAUUCGCCAAGAAAUACAAUCUCACUUUGAAUUUAGGGGAUCACCCCAAAAUUGACUCGUGGAAGAACAAAAGGAUAAAUUUACUCGAAGCGGAGAAGAAAUCGGAGUUGACUGAUUUCGAGGAUAAAUCUAAAGGGAAAAUGUCAACUGACUCAGAUAAAAAUGAAGAUGGCAUUGAAAUUCUUCUGAAUUUACCCGAUAAUCCUGGUAUUUCUCCAGAGGACAAUCAAUAUAUCCAAGACUUACUAUCAAUUCACGAUGUACCGGAGAACGAUAGGGCGGCCAUAGUGAUCAAUGCUCUAGAUGGUCUCCUCCAACAAUCAUCGCAGGAUAAUACAGAGGAUCAGGUGGAUAAUCCCAUCAGAAAGCGGAUACAAUAUUUCAAAGAAAAAUUAUUGGAGCACGGAAAAUACAAAUAUCAAAAGCCCCCAGAGGAUGCUGCCAAGAUGCGCAUGGAUGUAGCCAAGAAUAUCAUCCACUGGCUGAAAAAAUUAAUUGUCAAAUAAUAAAGUAAUAGGAUGAGAUAUUGUGCUUCAAGGUAUUCACUCACCUCAUUUUCGUAAUCUCUGUAAAUAAGUAUUCACUUUCUCCAUGAUCAUGACUCUCCAUCACUGAAGGUACAGCAAUUUCUCAUUUUUCCAUUUUUAUUCGGAGAAAUAGUCUCCUAUUUUCUAUAAAAAAAAUAUAUAUGAUAAAUAAAAUAAGUAGGUAUUUUAAAACCCGGAAAUAAUCUUACCUAUGUAAUAAUCGUAAGUGAUGUUGUAAUACUUAAAUAUUUUAUAAUUUCUGAAGUAUGUGAACUUUAUUAAAAUGUUUUGAAGAGGGAGAAAUAAAUAAUGAGUUU